CAUUUACGCGAAUCAAGCUCCAAUAAAAUAUCAUACAUAUAUACAUAAACAACAUCUGCAGACCAUCCUAACUGUUUGCCUCCAAUGAAAGUUGUAGCUGCUUGCCUCAACUCAAAUGUGCAAACCAAUGUGGCGUUAUCUACUUUAUCUCUGCCUCCUGCUGCCUUUGGCGCUGGGCGAGCACAGUCCGGGCAAUGCCACAGCUCUAACUCAACUCGGAAACAACAACAGCAGCAGCAGCAGCACCAACAGCACCGAGUUGCUACCAAUUGCUGAGAAACUCAUACGCUAUCGACGACAUCCACCGCACAGCAAACGCAGCAAGCAUCGAAGACGCAAUAAGGGACCCAAGACUAAGUAUGGACCGCCCAGCUAUCCGGCGGAGCCUCCGAUUAACUACUACAAGCACACGCCCUCCUUUCCGACGCAUCACGAGUUGCCUGGUUUCUCGCUGGAUGAUUUUCAGCACUUGAAAUUCGAUGGGGCCGACUUCCAGAUACCCGCCUCCAGCUACGAGGCACAGUCCAUGGAUCUGGAUCUGUAUAGCCAUGGGGAGCCGGAUCUGUAUGGCGCUCACAAGUUUCCCAGUCUCGAGUACAGCAUUGCCGACAGCCAUGAAUCUCCUCCACCCUCGCUGAGCUCCUACGACCACAAGCCCCAUCAGAAGUAUGGCGUGCCACCGCAACACCAGAGCUUUGACUCCCCUAGCUCCUUUGUGUCACAUCAUUACGAACCGCCGCCUGCUCCGGCACAUCCACCAUCAACUAAAUACGGAGCGCCCGCUGUGUCCAGCUAUAAGCAUUCAGCCUCCCUACCUGCUCCUGACUCCUACUCCAUUUACGAGCACAAGAUACCGAAUUCCGGCUACCAUCACAGCUUUGCAGAGCCCCCACCCAAACCCCCAACACAUAACACCAACUUUGAGAUCUCCUAUUCACCUCCCGCCUUCGAGAUAUCCACCUCCUACCAGGCCAAUGAGCCACAAUACGAACACAACUAUGCAAAGCCAUCGCCUGGUCAUAGCUACGAGCCACCACCAUCGUCUCACAAUAGUUAUCAGCCUCCAGCUCCUGCUCCUGGCCAUAGCUAUGACGCGCCACCAUCAUCGCACGAUAGUUAUCAGCCUCCAGCAUCUCCACCUGGACAUAGUUAUCAACCACCAAGCUCUUCCCAUGACAGCUAUCAACCACCAAGCUCUUCCCAUGACAGCUAUCAACCACCAGGUCCAUCGUCAGAUCAUGGCUAUCAUCCACCUGCUUCCUCUCAUGAUAGCUAUCAGCCACCUAGUCAGAGCUAUCAUCCUCCAACAUCAUCCCACGAUAGCUAUCAGCCUGGGCCCUCGCCUGCUCACGAUUUCCAACCACCACAAGACACUCACUAUGCGGAGCCGCCGCCCCCAUCAUUAGAUCAUGCGCCCAGCUAUUCCCAACCGGAUACCCAUCAACCCGCCCAGAACUAUCCGCAGGAGAACUAUGCACCACCCUCAGAGGAGUUGCCUCUCACGCCCAAUCAUAAAUUUCCCAGCUUUGAUUUUCCAAAAUCCAGUUACGAAGUGCCCAUCUACGAUCCCAUACCCUUUGAGGCAUCAAACAAAGAUGAGCAGGAAUCCUAUCCGCCCAUACUACCCGAAAAUACGCCCAACGAGCUACCCUCGGAUGAUACCCAUACCGCAGGCAGUUCUCGUACGCCAACAAAGAGUCGCAAGCGCAAGCGUCGCCCCGCCUUGGCGACGGUUUCUAAGAAACAUACGCUGGAUGUGCCGGAGCUGCAGGAGGCUUACGAUGCUAAUGCCCAUGUCCAUGCGAGGGAUACAGAUUUAGAUACAGCUGCUCAUGGCUCUCGCCAUGUGGAGCAGAAGCGAAAGUAUGUGAGCUAUGUAACGCCCUCGAUAAGCCCAAGCACAACAACGACAACCACCUCGGCACCCUGGAGUCCCAUGCGUGUCCGCCCCACUUCCAGCAAUGGCUUCAUACCCACGGUGGUUACAAGCACACCACCAACGCGCAGCAGAGGUCGCGGCACUUCCCGCUUCCGCAGUCGUAAUCCCAGCACUGAGGCCACCUCGACGGUGGUUACCAUCGAGAAGUCUCGCUCGCAGAGCUAUUACGAUGGCACAAUUGCGCCGCCCACCUAUCAACAGUUCACGGUGGGGCGUGGUGCGAGGCCAACGCGACCCACUCAGCUGCGAGGUGGUGGCACCACUCCGGCCUUGAACGGCGGCACGGAGCGCAAUGCGACUCCAAGGCGCACCACCAAAGGCAUCUUCGAUACGACGCUCUUCAAGACUCCCCAGAGCGAUCGCGAAAUGGAGAGAAAGCUCCUCGCGCUACGUCAGAACUUGCCAAAAAAUCACAAACUAUAUUAACAAGAGACUUCUAUGUGGGGACUACGAGAUAGUACUAUCAUCGCAACGGAACACGUAAGACUACUUUGGAGCUUGGAGCUAGGUUUAGAAAUAGUUUAAGACAAAUUUAAAUUAAAUAAAA